AGAUCUCCUCGGGUUUGGAGUGUUUUUAUAGCCUGGUGUCCGCGAUUGCCGACAUGCCAUCGUCUGUGCUGGGCUCUAUGAUGGUGGCCUCUACGUCGUCGGCCGCCUCCCUGCAGGAAGCUUUGGAAAAUGCGGGGAGGCUUAUCGACCGACAGUUGCAAGAAGACCGCAUGUACCCGGACCUUUCUGAGCUGCUCAUGGUGUCCGCCCCAAACAGUCCUACUGUUUCUGGAAUGUCUGAUAUGGACUAUCCUCUGCAAGGACCAGGUUUGCUGUCAGUACCCAGCCUUCCAGAGAUCAGCACUAUCCGAAGAGUUCCCCUCCCACCUGAGCUGGUUGAACAGUUUGGACAUAUGCAGUGUAACUGCAUGAUGGGUGUUUUUCCUCCUAUCAGCAGAGCUUGGCUUACAAUUGACAGUGACAUAUUCAUGUGGAACUAUGAAGAUGGAGGUGACCUUGCCUAUUUUGAUGGACUCAGUGAGACAAUUCUUGCUGUGGGGCUUGUGAAACCAAAAGCUGGCAUCUUUCAACCUCAUGUACGACACCUGUUGGUUUUGGCAACUCCUGUGGAUAUAGUAAUUCUUGGACUGAGCUAUGCUAAUGUACAGACAGGUUCUGGCAAUCUUAAUGACAGUAUGUGUGGUGGAAUGCAGCUGCUUCCAGAUCCUUUAUAUUCUCUUCCAACGGAUAACACUUACCUUUUAACAAUCACUUCCACUGAUAAUGGUAGAAUAUUUUUGGCUGGAAAGGAUGGAUGUUUAUAUGAAGUAGCAUACCAAGCGGAAGCAGGCUGGUUCAGUCAAAGAUGUAGGAAGAUAAACCACUCAAAGAGCUCACUUUCCUUCCUUGUCCCUUCCUUGCUGCAGUUCACAUUCUCAGAAGAUGAUCCUAUUGUUCAAAUUGAAAUUGAUAAUUCCAGAAAUAUUUUGUAUACAAGGUCGGAGAAAGGAGUAAUACAGGUUUACGAUUUGGGCCACGAUGGACAGGGGAUGAGUAGAGUUGCCUCAGUUUCACAGAAUGCCAUUGUCUCUGCUGCUGGGAACAUUGCUAGGACUAUUGAUCGUUCCGUUUUUAAGCCAAUUGUUCAGAUAGCAGUGAUUGAAAAUUCUGAAUCACUGGACUGUCAGUUACUGGCUGUCACUCAUGCAGGUGUGAGGCUGUAUUUCAGCACCUGUCCAUUUAGACAGCCGUUAGCUCGGCCCAAUACACUGACACUGGUUCACGUCCGAUUACCUCCUGGAUUCUCAGCAUCUUCAACAGUUGAAAAGCCUUCAAAAGUGCAUAAAGCUCUUUACAGUAAAGGAAUUCUACUGAUGACAGCCUCAGAAAAUGAAGAUAAUGACAUUUUAUGGUGUAUCAACCAUGACACAUUUCCUUUCCAAAAGCCAAUGAUGGAAACUCAGAUGACAACCCGUGUUGAUGGUCACUCCUGGGCUCUUUCUGCAAUAGAUGAAUUAAAAGUCGAUAAAAUAAUUACUCCUUUAAAUAAAGAUCAUGUCCCAAUAACUGACUCGCCAGCUGUUGUACAGCAGCACAUGUUGCCUCCAAAGAAGUUCGUUCUCCUGUCAGCACAGGGUAGUCUUAUGUUUCAUAAACUUAGACCUGUGGAUCAGCUGAGACAUCUGCUUGUAAGUAACGUGGGUGGAGAUGGAGAGGAGAUUGAAAGAUUCUUCAAAUUACAUCAGGAGGACCAGGCUUGUGCAACUUGCCUUAUCCUUGCUUGUUCCACUGCUGCCUGUGAUAGAGAAGUCUCUGCUUGGGCUACACGGGCAUUCUUUAGGUAUGGUGGUGAAGCACAGAUGAGAUUCCCAGCUACUCUUCCCACUCCGAGUAAUGUUGGUCCCAUCCUGGGGUCUCCAAUGUAUUCUAGUUCUCCUGUCCCUAGUGGUAGUGCCUAUCUGAGUCCAUCCCAUUUGGGGACACCAUCCCAUGGUGCUCAUCUUCCUACCAUGUCAACACCAUUGUAUGCUGUGGGAAACCCGGCAAUGCAGGCUGCAAGCAUGAGUGGUUUGACUGGACCAGAGAUUGUGUACUCGGGAAAACACAAUGGUAUUUGCAUUUACUUUUCUCGAAUCAUGGGAAAUAUUUGGGAUGCCAGCUUAGUUGUUGAAAGAGUAUUCAAGAGUUCCAACAGGGAGAUCACUGCAAUUGAAAGCAGUGUGCCCAGCCAGCUGCUGGAGUCUGUGCUACAGGAACUGAAGGGUUUGCAGGAAUUUCUAGAUAGAAAUUCCCAGUUUUCUGGAGGACCACUAGGAAAUCCAAAUACUACUGCCAAAGUGCCUCAGAGGCUGGCGGGGUUCCUACGUCCUGAGAAUGGAAACACCCAGCAGAUGCAACAAGAGCUGCAGAGGAAGUUUCAUGAGGCUCAACUGAGUGAGAAGAUUUCACUUCAGGCAAUCCAGCAGUUGGUUAGAAAGUCCUACCAGGCUCUGGCUUUGUGGAAACUCCUUUGUGAACAUCAGUUUACUGUCAUUGUAGGAGAACUUCAGAAGGAGUUUCAGGAGCAGCUAAAGAUUACCACCUUUAAGGAUCUGGUUAUCAGAGACAAAGAGCUCACUGGUGCAUUGAUUGCUUCUCUUAUCAGCUGCUACAUCAGAGACAAUGCUGCUGUGGAUGGCAUUAGUUUGCAUCUGCAAGAUAUCUGCCCACUUCUAUAUAGCACGGAUGAUGCAGUUUGUUCUAAGGCAAAUGAGCUUCUUCAGCGGUCUCGACAAGUUCAAAAUAAGAGUGAAAAAGAAAGAAUGUUAAGAGAAUCGCUGAAGGAAUAUCAAAAAAUCAGCAACCAAGUAGACCUUUCCAGUGUCUGUGCUCAGUACAGGCAAGUGCGUUUCUAUGAGGGUGUGGUAGAACUUUCUCUUACUGCUGCGGAAAAAAAGGAUCCUCAGGGUCUUGGACUCCAUUUCUAUAAGCAUGGAGAACCAGAAGAAGAUGUUGUUGGUCUUCAGACUUUCCAAGAGAGAUUGAACAGUUACAAGUGCAUUACAGACACUCUUCAAGAACUGGUAAAUCAAAGCAAGGCUGCUCCUCAGUCUCCUAGUGUACCCAAAAAGCCUGGUCCUCCAGUGUUGUCAUCAGAUCCCAACAUGCUGAGCAAUGAAGAAGCAGGACACCAUUUUGAACAGAUGCUUAAAUUGGCUCAGCGAUCCAAGGAUGAGCUCUUUAGUAUUGCUCUUUAUAAUUGGCUAAUACAAGCUGACCUUGCAGAUAAACUACUACAGAUUGCAUCUCCAUUUCUGGAGCCACACCUAGUCCGAAUGGCCAAAGUGGAUCAAAAUAGAGUUCGAUAUAUGGAUUUACUCUGGAGGUAUUAUGAGAAGAACAGAAGUUUCAGUAGUGCUGCUCGUGUCCUAUCCAAAUUGGCUGACAUGCACAGCACAGAAAUUUCGCUUCAACAGCGACUAGAAUACAUUGCUCGAGCCAUUCUUAGUGCUAAAAGUUCCACUGCCAUUUCAUCAAUAGCAGCAGAUGGUGAAUUCCUUCAUGAAUUAGAAGAAAAAAUGGAAGUCGCUAGGAUCCAGCUUCAGAUACAAGAGACACUACAGAGGCAGUACUCUCGUCAUUCUUCAGUGCAGGACGCAAUUUCUCAGCUAGACUCUGAGCUAAUGGACAUUACUAAGCUUUAUGGGGAAUUUGCUGAUCCAUUUAAACUUGCAGAGUGUAAACUUGCAAUCAUUCAUUGCGCUGGUUAUUCAGAUCCCAUAUUGGUGCAUACACUUUGGCAGGAUAUCAUAGAGAAAGAAUUGAAUGACAGUGUAACAUUGAGCUCAUCAGAUCGAAUGCAUGCCCUCAGUCUCAAGCUUGUCCUCCUUGGCAAGAUUUAUGCUGGCACACCUCGUUUCUUUCCUCUAGAUUUUAUUGUGCAGUUCUUGGAGCAGCAAGUUUGUACAUUGAACUGGGAUGUGGGUUUUGUGAUACAGACCAUGAAUGAAAUUGGAGUGCCUUUACCUAGACUGCUAGAAGUCUAUGAUCAGCUUUUCAAGUCACGGGAUCCAUUCUGGAACAGAGUGAAAAGGCCAUUGCACCUUUUGGAUUGUAUCCAUGUUUUACUGACAAGAUAUGUUGAGAAUCCUAGCCAAGUUUUAAAUUGUGAAAGGAGAAGAUUUACAAAUCUCUGCCUGGAUGCUGUUUGUGGUUAUCUGGUUGAACUCCAAUCAAUGAGUUCUUCAGUGGCAGUACAGGCCAUCACUGGGAAUUUUAAAUCUCUCCAAGCAAAGUUGGAACGGCUUCAUUAAUUAUUGUAGUAUAUUUUCCCCUCUUGAAUUUUGGUCUGUAAAAUAAAAAAGAUCAGCUGGGUCCAGAAAACAGGUGUUGUAUAUCUAAAAAUUUUGAUAGAAAUUUGUUUUUAAUAAGUGAUCAUUAGGCACAAGUAGUACAUUUGUCAAAUUAAUUUUUUUAUGACUAGUGUUUUGUUUUGAUUUUGAUUAGCUGGGUCUGGGUUUGUAGAUCUUGGUAGAACGUUUGUAUAGUAUGUAAAAUGCCCCUGAAUUCCGUUUCCAGCACCACACACAAACACAUCAAUUUGCAAAAACCUGAAAUAAGAUUAUGUAUGAUUCUGACACACAAAGAUAAUGUUCUUACUUUACAUUUUACUACUGGCAACAAUUUUGAAUUUGUAUUACUUCCAUGUUUAUCUAGUAGCAGAAUUUCUAAGCUAUGCCAGGUGUGGUGGCACAGUUUAAAUCCACUAUUUGGGGAGACAGUAGCAGGCAUAUUUCUAAAACUCACAGAGUUCCAGGCCAGCUAGGGCUACAUAGUGAAACCUUGUCUCAAAACAAACAAAACCAAAACACCUUAUAGGCUGGGUCUGUUCCCAUAGCACUGGAUUCUAUAACAGUCCUUAAAUAUGCAUUUUUUAAAGUUAAUUUUUAGAAAAUUUUCUGAACCACUAAUUGUAUCAAUUACAACCUUUUAGGAUUUCUCUCCCUCUUUCUUUCUUCCAGUCACCAUAAAUAUGUACAGUAGAUUUUUUUAUGUAUACAUUUUUAGGUGUGUAUGUAUAUGUAUAUAUAUGUGCUGGAUAUGUAUGUAUUUAUAUACAGAAUUGUUUGAAUGUUCGAUAAACUUGUAACACUGUUUGAGUAUUUAAAACCUACAUGAUCAGCCAGCUGUGGUACAGUGCUUGAGAGGCAGAGGCAGAGAAACUCUUGAGUUCAAGGCUACUCUGGUCUACAUAUUGAGUUACAGGUCAGCCAUAGCUUCCCUAGAAUCCUCACUCUCAGAGUGUGCUUCAAGCCAACAAUAGCAGCAUCCUGGAAUUUGUUACAAAUUAAAUUCCUGGGUCUCCUAAUAUAAACGCCUAUGUUUGUGUUUUAACAGCCAGCCCUUCACUUCACAUCAAGAACAACCCACUUGUAGAUCCUACUGUUUUCUGUAGCUUAUGGAUUGAAUUCCCUCUCUGAUUUGAUUUCUCCAGCCCCUUGCUUACCAGUGACCACAACCACAACACAAGUCUUACUCAAGACAUAAUGGAUAAAGCAAAUUUGUUAGUAGUCUAGUUUUUAAGUUUUCUUAAUGGUGCCAAGUUGAAUCCAGGGUCUUUAUCCUGAGCAAGUAAGUCCUCCACCGCUGAAGUAGUACCCUCAGUCCCUGAAUUAUCUUUAACAUGCAGGAUUGCUAAUCUAAGUCUUCCAAGGUAUUAUCAAUGAUGAAAAAGGGAGAAUGACUAAGGCUCACAAAGAAAAACAGAAGUCCUUUCCACUCUCCUUAGUUUUGUUUUAUUUUUCCCAGCAGAGUCUCACAAGGCCUAGGCUAGAGUCAACUGCAUAGCCACCUAGAGUGAUCUUGAAUUUCUGAUCAUCCAGCCUCCACCACCUGAGUGCUUCACCACGCCCACUGGGCAGUAACCCAAGGUUCCAUACAUGCUGGGAAAGGACUUUUAUCAACGGAGUUAUGUUCCCAGCUCCCCGUUCUCCAACCCCCUUUUUUGGCAGGAUCUCACUAUGUAGCCCAGACUGGCUGCAGCCAUACCCUGAUCCUCCUGCCUCAGUCUUCUAAGCAUAUGUCACCAUACCCAACUUCCAUUCUGAUUUAUGGGGUGUUUUCUUACGUGUUUUCAUGUCACUAUUGAAGUCUGACAGUUUCAUAAAUAUAUCUUGAAUAUGUUUCAGCUUCUUUUUUUUUUUUUUUUUCUACUACUUUUAUGUUUUCCUAAGAUUGUAGAUUUUUUUGUUUGUUUGUUUUUCAAGAUAGGGUUUCUCUGUAUUGCUUUGGAGCCUGUCCUGGAACUCACAGAGAUCUGCCUGCCUCUGCCUCCCAAGUGUUGGAACUAAAGGUGUGUACCACCAACACCUGGCAAAACUAACUUUUACUCUUUAAUGAUUCAUUUAUCUGCAUUGGUGUUUGCCUAUAUGUAUGUCUGUAUAAUGGUGUUGGAUCCCCUGGACCUGGAAUUAUAGACAUGUGAGCUACCACAUGGGUGCUGGAAAUUGAACCCUGGUCCUCUGAAAGAGCAGCCAGUGCUCUUAACCAUUGAGCCAGCUCUCCAGCUGGAUUGUAGAUUUCUUUUUCCAUAUAUUUUUGUAAGAAUCCAGCUUCCCUGUAUAUUUCAUAAAAGAUCAAAAUUCCGGGACAGUCUUCAAAGCCACAGAGAAACCCUGUCUCAAAAAAAACAAACAAGAAAGAAAGAAAUAAUUUUAGCCCCUCAGCAAAUGUUGCAUUGACCUCCCUAAGAGAAAAGACACCAUUAGUACAUUGUUGCUAAAACUUGAACAUUCAUCAAAGGAAACUAUCAGGAUGGCCUGUCUACUCAGUUACUUGGCUUGUACCUGCAAAGGUGUGCUGAUCCUGGAAGCCUAGUUAGAUGUAGCAGGGGCAAUGUUCUAGCAUUGUCCACUGUCUGUGUAAGUAUGCUUUGUUCCUUGUCAGGGGGUGACCUUAUGUUGUUACUGUUCAUAUGUGUAAGCGGUGGGUAGUUGGUGGGGCAUUUUAGGAAGGUGCAUUGUUUGUGGACAGUUGUGUCACUGAAGGUCUUGUGAUGUACUUAUGUUGUUAGAUAGUUUCAGUGUGGCAGAAUGGUUAGAGAAGAGACAAACUAUUUACAUGUUUAUGUAAGAUACAUGUUGACCUGACAAUAUGUGUUUGACAAGUUUUUAAUUGUUUACUAACUAGUGACGUUAUUGAACACUUGAAUCACCUUAGCUUCUCUUUAUGUUUUAUAGUUUAAUCCCAGAAGUCUUUCACAGAUUGUUCAUUCUCUUCCUUAGGAUACUUUGUAUCUCCAUGUUUCCCCUCUCCUUCACUAGAGGAAAAAUGGCAGUAAUACAAUCAUGGCAAAUAAAUGAAGAACUAAAACCCCAAA